CUGGCGGGAAACUAGGAUCAGCCUUGCUGGGGCAUUGAGAGGGGGGCUGGUGGUAACUUCUUGGAGGGAUACGGUGGCAGUGGGGCGCAAGAGGCACGGCUGGCUGAGGAGUUAUUACAUUCUGUAGGUCAUGACAAGGUACUUCACACGAGUUAAACGUCGCCGACAGUACAUCUGGAAUGGAAAACCCUUAAGCAAGGACAGAAGAGUGCAGAAUCUUCAUUAUGGAGGGCUCCUUAUCAAAUCGGAAAGUAAUGAAAUCACUGUAUGCCCAGGAAACUAUGUUCUGAUAGAAGGAGAGGAUGAAGAGAGGCCUUUUGUUGCAAGGCUUAAAGAGCUGUAUGAUGAUGGCACCGAUAAGGGUGCCAACAAGCAUGCCACUGUUCAGUGGUUUUUACGCUAUGAAGAGGUUCCUUACAAGAAGAGAAAGCUGCUGGGAAGAGAUCCCGACCCUCAGGAGAUUUUCCUUUAUGAUGUUGCUGCGUGUGAGAAUGAUAUUGAUGCAGAGACCAUUAUUGGAGCUGUUCAGGUUUUACAGUUAAAUCUGGAAGACCCUUUUCCUACGCAAAACAACCUUGGAGCUAUACUCUAUGUGAAGUUGUCGUGGGAUGGCAAAAAUUUCAAACCCUUAACAUCUUCCAUCUGUCAGGAUGAUGAAAACACAGACGAGACUAAUGGUCCCGUGGUUGUCAAAUCUCCCCCAAAACCUCUCUUCCCUCUGGAAGGGGACACUGCUGAAAUACAACAGAUGCCCCGCAGUGCUUCCAGGUCAAAGAAGAAUGAGACAGAAAUUGAAUCCAGACAUUCAGCCUCUAAGAGCUCCCAUUCAAAGGAGAGGAGAGCUCAGAGGGUGCCUAGUGUGUCCAGCACCCCCGGGGCAAGGAAGAAGCUGCAGCUCAAUAGCCCAUCAAAGUCUUCAAUCAAAAAGGACAUCCAGCACGAUAUUUUGGCAGAUGAUGAUUUCAAGGCUCUCGAGUCUGUUGCCACCAAGCGAAAGGUUGCAUUUAGUGGACUGCGCGACUCCCCUCCCAAAAAAGCUAUGGAAGAAGAAGAGUUGGCCUGGAGUAUCACGCCACUGAAAUCUGCCAAGGAUAGCCAAAGAUUAAAACUCAACUUGAAACUUACCCCUUUAAGGCCUGUGCCGCAGUCUGCUAAUUUGACAAGUGAACAAGGGUCUAAGAAAUGUGCAGAUGAGAGUGAAAAUAGCAGGAUUACCAGGUCUAAAACACCACAAAAGGAAUCUGCAAAGAAAAACUUGUCUCGGCCUUCCAAGAGGUUAGAAGAAGAGCAGGAGAAAACGGCGCCGCAGACUCCUCGCUCUCGCAGAAAAUCUGCUCGGGAAAGUGCCAGUAGAGUCCGAAAGCAGCUAAAGAGUUUAGCAGAGAGUGAUGAAGAUGUUGAUGAUGACGAUAAGGACUUUGUCCCUGCCAAGGAGAACCAUGUGUUUGUUAGCAGUGAUGAGGAGAAAGAGGAAGAGGUGACUUCUCCAAAGAGAUCCAGGAAGAAAAGUACAACGCCCAGAACUCCAACUUCAUCCAGAAAAUCUUCAUCAAGAACUCCAAGCAAAACUCCAGUGUCAAGGACACCCCGUGCUGCAACCCCAAGAAUUCCAGAGAGGAACCAGCCUGUCCGAACACCUGCCAAUGUAUUGGAGGAGGCCAGGAUUAGGCUGCAUGUCUCUGCUGUGCCUGAGUCGUUGCCCUGCAGGGAGCAGGAGUACCAGGAUGUGUAUAACUUUGUGGAAAGCAAGCUUCUGGAUGGCACUGGAGGGUGCAUGUAUAUAUCUGGUGUUCCAGGUACAGGGAAGACUGCGACCGUGCACGAGGUAAUCCGCUGUCUGCAGCAAGCUGUAGAGGAGGAGGACGUGCUGCCACCUUUCCAAUAUAUCGAAAUUAACGGCAUGAAACUAACGGAUCCUCACCAGGCAUACGUGCAGAUCCUGAAGCUCCUCACAGGAGAGAAGGCCACAGCAGACCACGCUGCCGCUCUGCUCGAGAAACGGUUCAGCACUCCAGCCUCCAAAAGAGAGACAACGGUACUUCUGGUAGAUGAGUUGGACCUGUUAUGGACCAGAAAGCAGAAUGUCAUGUACAGUUUAUUUGACUGGCCAACACGGAAACACGCCAAGUUGAUUGUUCUUGCAAUCGCCAACACCAUGGAUCUUCCAGAGAGAAUAAUGAUGAACCGUGUGGCCAGCAGGCUGGGCUUGACAAGAAUGUCCUUCCAGCCAUACACACACAAACAGCUGCAGCAGAUUAUCACAUCUCGGCUGAAUCACGUCAAGGCGUUCGAUGAUGAUGCUAUCCAACUCGUCUCCAGAAAGGUGGCUGCCUUAUCUGGUGAUGCACGCCGCUGCCUGGACAUUUGCCGCAGAGCCACAGAAAUCUGUGAAUUUUCUUCCAAAAAGGAUGAAUCCUCCUUGGUGAAGAUGCCCCAUGUGAUAGAGGCCCUGGAGGAGAUGUUUUCCUCACCCUAUGUUAUAGCAAUCAAGAAUGCAUCUGUGAUGGAGCAGACGUUUCUAAGAGCUGUGAUUGCAGAGUUCCGGAGGUCUGGACUUGAGGAGGCCACUCUUCAAAAGGUGUUCCAGCAGCAUGUGGCAUUGUGCAGGAUCGAGGGUAUGCAGCCUCCUUCCAUGUCUGAGACCAUGGCGGUGUGCCUGAGGCUCGGAGCCUCCCGUCUUCUCCUGGUGGAGUCCAGCAGGAACGACUUGCACAUGAGAGUGCGGAUAAACGUUAGUCAGGACGACAUCAUGUAUGCUUUGAAGGAUGAAUAAUGUGCAGAAAUCAUGUUCAAGGACCUUUGCAUCAACAACUUGCUGCAGAUCGUGUAUAUAAUGGUUCUGUUCAUAUGGACUUUUAAUUAAUUUAUAAUAAAGUUGUUCUGUAUAUUUUAAUGUAUCAGGUUUAUUUGGGGG